GUCGGAAACGGAAGGAGGCCACGCUCGCCGGCGGAGGAAGAAAGCCGCUGCGAUGCAAGCCGAGAAGGCCGCUCAGUUUUCCCGCGAGGAGGACUCGGCGGAUGACGGAGGCGGCGAUAGGCCGGAUUCUUCCGCCCUCCAGGCGGGACUGAGCCGGCUGGAUAUCCAGCGCUACUCGCGGCAGUUGGUGUUGCCGGAGCUGGGCGUGCGCGGGCAGCUGCGGCUUUCCUCGUGCGGGGUGCUGGUGGUGGGCUGCGGAGGGCUGGGCUGCCCGCUGGCGCAGUACCUGGCCGCGGCGGGCGUGGGCCGCCUGGGGCUGGUGGACCACGACGUGGUGGAGCUGAACAACCUGCACAGGCAGGUGCUGCACCGGGAGAGCCGCCUGGGCCGCUCCAAAGCGCAAUCGGCCGCCGCCGCGCUGAAAGAGCUGAAUUCCGCCGGGAAGUACGAGCCUUACGACCUGGCGCUCAGCCCUGCCACCGCCUUGGAUCUGAUCCGCACUUACGACAUCGUGGCCGACUGCUCCGACAACGUGCCCACCCGCUAUCUGGUCAACGACGCCUGUGUGCUGGCUGGCAAGCCCUUGGUCUCCGCCAGCGCCUUGCGCUUGGAGGGCCAGCUGGCUGUGUACAACUUCCAGGGGGGCCCAUGCUACCGGUGCCUCUUCCCCAAACCCCCUCCUCCUGAAACGGUCACCAACUGCGCCGACGGCGGGGUCUUGGGCGUGGUGCCCGGCAUCCUCGGCUCCCUGCAGGCCUUGGAGGUGCUCAAGAUUGCCUCCGGGAUGGGAUCCUCCUUCAGCCGGUCGAUGCUGCUCUUCGAUGCGCUUGAAGGACGGUUUCGCCACAUCCAGCUCAGGCCCAGGGAUCCCAAGUGCGCUGUGUGUGGGGACCGGCCCUCCAUGACUACCUUGCAGGAUUAUGAAACUUUCUGUGGGUCUUCAGCCACCGAUAAGUGUCGCACCUUGCGCUUACUGUCCAGCGAGGAGAGGAUUUCUGUAGAAGAAUACAAGAAGAUUCUAGAAAACCAGAUUGCUCAUGUGCUAGUGGAUGUGCGUCCCGAAGUCGAAGUGGAGAUCUGUCGCUUGCCCAAAUCCCUCCAGGUGCCUUUAAAUAAACUAGAAAGAAAAGAUGAAGAAUGUUUGAAGUCUCUGUACCGGAAGAUACACGAAGAGAAGGAGAGGACCAAUGGCACUGUGGCUUUCCCAGUUUAUGUUGUCUGUAAAUUAGGAAAUGACUCUCAGAAAGCUGUGAAAAUAUUGCAGGAACUGCUUUAUGAUGAACUAGGCUUAAUUUCAGUUAAGGAUAUCAAAGGAGGACUCAUGGCAUGGGCUGACAAAAUUGACCAAGAUUUUCCUCAGUAUUAAUGUUUUUUUUUAAAUGCAUUUUAAUAAUAAUAAUGAAAAUACCUUGGUUUUUGGAAAGGGGGUUAUUGUUAUAGCAAGGUAAUAUGUUUAUGUGUUCAUUUGGUUAUCUCUGGAAAUCUCAUUUAGUUCUUUGAAUAAAUACUUUUUAAAAAGUAUUUCUCAAGAGUCCUAGGUUCCACAAGAAUUUGAGAGAUUAAUGGUUGAUUUGGAUAUAGCCAAAUCUGUUGAAGAAAAGGCAGGACUUGUACUGCGAAAAUGCACUACAGCUGCUAUUUUGUUGCAAGGAGUUCCAGGAACAUUUUUAAAAAUAUGUUCUAUGGCCUGAAAAGGUUUUAGAAUUCUUGCUUUAAGUAAGUCACCCGAAGCAACUUGGGUGGGAGAGAAAAUAACCCUCUCCGUGUAAAGAGGAAGGAAUAUGAAAGGGGGAAAAAAAGUUGUGGAUCGGUUCUUCAAGUUCUUAAAUAAUGAACAAAUGAAUGCAAUACAUGCUAAAGAGAAGGCUGGAUGGAAUGACCCUGUUUCACAUUUCAUUUUCCUUUUGUAGCUUGACCAGUAAUUAUAUUGUACUAUAGUACAUACAAACCAUACAAAAGAUGUAUUUGUAUAAAUGCAUUGUCCAAUAUUCCCAGGACCAAAUACUGCUGAUUUAAUUGUAUCCUUCCUUGAUUUCCUGUUGAAUCCAAAGGGACCAUUAUGUGUCUUUUAAUAUUGUCACUUUAUAUUAUUAAAUUAUACCAUAACUUUCAUUAGCACAUUAA